AUGGACAUGGCAAUGGCCACCAUGUCCCACAAACACACCCAUGAUCAAUUGCAAAGAUUACUCUCAUCAUCAACAGCACUUUCUCACCUCAAACAAAUCCAUGCACAAAUCCUCCACUCCAAUUCAAACACCCUCCUUCCCAAACUCGUCCUUUCUUCUUGCACCCUCUCAUCUUCCUCUUCAACCCUCGACUAUGCUCUCUCCGUUUUCUCCCAAAUUCCAAACCCACCUACCCAUUUCUCUAACCAACUCCUCCGUCAUCUCUCUCGCACUCCCUUACCUCACAAGACCCUUUUCCUAUAUCACAAUCUUAGAACAAUUGAUGUUUUCACUCUUGACACCUUUAGUUUCCCUCCGUUGUUGAAAGCUGUUUCUAAACUUUCCGCCCUUACUUAUGGUUUGGAGAUUCAUGGCCUUGCGUCAAAGCUUGGUUUCCUUUCUGACCCUUUUAUUCAAACUGCCUUAAUUGCAAUGUAUGCGUCGUGUGCCCGCAUCAUGGAUGCACGGUUGCUGUUUGAUAAAAUGUCUCACCCGGAUGCUGUUGCUUGGAAUACUAUCAUUGAUGGGUACUGCCAGAAUGGUCAUUUUGAUGAUGCUUUAAGCCUCUUUGAAGAUAUGAAGAACUCUGGUGUGAAGCCUGAUUUUGUUAUCCUUUGUACUGUGCUCUCUGCCUGUGGUCAUGCUAGAAAUUUAAGCUAUGGUAGUUCAAUCCAUGAGUUUAUUAAGGACAAUGGUCUUGCUAUUGACUCUUAUUUACAGUCUGCUCUCAUUAACAUGUAUGCAAAUUGUGGUGCAAUGGAGUUGGCUAGGGAAAUAUAUGACGGACUCUCGUCGAAACAUUUGAUUGUUUCAACUGCAAUGCUUUCUGGUUAUGCAAAACUUGGAAUGACUAAGAAUGCUCGCUUCAUAUUUGACCAAAUGAUUGAAAAGGACUUUGUAUGUUGGAGUGCAAUGAUAUCUGGUUAUUCUGAAAGUGAUCAACCUCAAGAGGCUCUUAAAUUGUUCAAUGAAAUGCUACGGCAGAGAAUAGUGCCUGAUCAGAUCACAAUGCUGAGUGUCAUUUCUGCUUGCUCUCAUGUUGGCGCACUUGUUCAAGCAAAAUGGAUUCAUACCUAUGUAGAUAGAAAUGGGUUUGGAAGAGCUCUAUCUGUUAACAAUGCACUAAUUGAUAUGUAUGCCAAAUGUGGGAACUUGGUCAAGGCAAGAGAGGUAUUUGAGAAUAUGCCGAGAAAAAAUGUGAUAUCUUGGUCCAGUAUGAUCAAUGCAUUUGCAAUGCAUGGGAAUGCAGAUAAUGCUAUAAAUCUUUUCCAUAGGAUGAAAGAAGAAAAUAUUGAGCCCAAUGGUGUUACAUUUAUAGGUGUGCUUUAUGCUUGUGGACAUGCCGGUUUAAUUGAGGAAGGCCAGAAAUUGUUUUCAUCCAUGAUUCAUGAUCAUCACAUCUCUCCUACCCGUGAGCACUAUGGGUGCAUGGUUGACCUGUAUUGUAGAGCCAAUCUCUUGAGAAAAGCUAUUGAGCUUAUCGAGACAAUGCCUUUUGCGCCGAAUGUUAUCAUUUGGGGAUCCCUUAUGUCUGCUUGUCAAAUUCAUGGUGAAGCUGAGUUAGGGGAAUUUGCUGCGAAACAGCUGCUUGAGUUAGAGCCUGGUCAUGAUGGAGCUCUUGUGGUUUUGUCAAACAUAUAUGCCAAAGAAAGAAGAUGGAAUGAUGUUGGACUGAUCAGAAAAUCAAUGAGUUAUAAAGGUAUCUCAAAAGAGAAGGCAUGCAGUAGGGUUGAAAUAAACAAUGAGGUUCAUACGUUUAUGAUGGCUGAUAGAUAUCAUAAACAAUCAGAUGAAAUAUAUCACAAGUUAGAUGAGGUAGUCAGUCAAUUGAAGUCGGUUGGCUACAAGCCGAGUACCUCAAACAUUUUGAUUGAUUUAGAAGAGGAAGACAAAAAAGAUUUGGUUCUAUGGCAUAGUGAAAAAUUAGCAGUUUGCUAUGGACUAAUUAGCAGGAGGAAAGAAUCAUGCAUUCACAUAGUUAAAAAUCUUAGAAUAUGUGAGGAUUGUCACUCUUUUAUGAAGUUAGUCUCAAAGGUGUAUCAAGUAGAGAUUGUUGUGAGAGAUAGGACUAGGUUUCACCAUUGCAGUAGUGGUAUUUGUUCUUGUAAGGACUAUUGGUGA